AUGGUUAACUACGGUGCCUGUAUGUUUAUAAUUUUGCCGAAAGGUCCAGUGUUCACCACAUCGGAACGGGGGGCACGAAUGAUAUUUUUUCAAGGGUACAAGUUCCUUAGACAAUGCGAGUCGGGACAAAAGACCAGAUGGUGGUGCGGAACACACAACAGCAGAGGGUGCCGAGCAAACAUUCAUACAAUUGGCGCGUCAAUAGUAAAAUUUAAAAAUGUUCAUAAUCAUCCUCCUCACUUCGCCCCAACGGUGAUAGAAACGGAGCGUGGAUCAAAAAUGUUGCUUUACAAAGGAUUCAGAUUUGGUUUGCGUAAAAGCAAAGAUGAGGUCAUAGACGGAAAGGCACAUACAUGCACAUCUAUGUAUCCAAAGAAAGAAUAA